GUAUAAAAUUCUCAGUGCCAAAGCCGGCGGAAACAUAACGCUAGGGUUGGGUUUUUAUAUGCUGGGAUUCCAUGCCAGGGUUUUGCAAAAGCCGCUACUCUUGUUGAACUUUGCAGACCAUAUCCGCAGCCUACACAGGUCACCAUUUUCACAAGUUUAUUCUCCCCGAUCUUUCUCAGCAACAAACAUAAUGGCGGAUUCGGAGAGAAGGCCGGAAAUAGAUGGUGCUGAGAAGAAGAACGAACGACUGGGCGAUUCGGAGAAAACGCUCAGUAUAGAAGACCUCGAGAAGAAGAAGAAAAAAGAAGAGAAGGCAAGGGAGAAAGAAUUGAAAAGGCAAAAGGCUUUAGAGAAAGCUGCUAAACUUCAGGCACAACAAGCAUCAAUUCCUCUGAAAAGAAAUGACAAGAAAACAGUAAAGCGUGGUGGGGAUGAAGAGAACCCUAAGGAGUUUGUUGACCCAGAAACACCUUUUGGCGAGAAGAAACAAAUGUCUCUUCAAAUGGCAAAGCAGUACAGUCCUAGUACAGUAGAGAAAUCGUGGUAUGGAUGGUGGGAGAAAUCGGGUUUCUUUGUUGCAGAUGCGAAAAGCUCCAAGGCCCCGUUUGUUAUUGUCUUGCCACCACCAAAUGUAACCGGUGCCCUCCAUAUAGGUCAUGCACUUACUGCUGCUGUGGAGGAUACCAUUAUUCGCUGGCGGAGAAUGUCUGGAUACAAUACCUUGUGGGUCCCUGGGGUGGACCAUGCUGGGAUUGCCACACAGGUUGUUGUGGAAAAGAAGAUAAUGCGUGAAAGCAAAUUAACUAGGCACGAUAUCGGUCGUGAGAAAUUUGUAUCUGAAGUCUGGAAUUGGAAAAAUAAGUAUGGUGGAACCAUUUUGCAACAGUUGCGUCGUUUGGGUGCCUCUUUAGAUUGGUCUCGUGAGUGCUUUACAAUGGAUGAGAAAAGAUCAAAGGCUGUGACUGAGGCUUUUGUUAGGCUUUACAAGGAAGGCCUUAUUUAUAGAGAUCUUCGCCUAGUGAAUUGGGAUUGUGUGUUGCGGACUGCAAUAUCUGACAUUGAGGUAGACUAUGUUGAGAUCAAAGAAAGGACUCCACUAAAGGUUCCAGGAUAUGAGAAACCUGUGGAAUUCGGUGUUUUAACUUCAUUUGCCUACCCUUUGGAAGGCGAGCUUGGUGAGAUUGUUGUGGCCACUACUAGGGUGGAGACUAUGCUUGGAGAUACUGCUAUUGCUAUACAUCCUGAUGACCCAAGGUACAGUCAUCUUCAUGGAAAAUUUGCCAUUCAUCCAUUUAAUGGACGAAAGCUUCCCAUAGUUUGUGAUGCAAUUCUUGUUGAUCCGAAGUUUGGGACUGGUGCUGUCAAGAUUACCCCUGCUCAUGACCCGAAUGAUUUUGAGGUUGGCAAGCGUCACAAUCUUGAGUUCAUCAACAUUUUUACCGAUGAUGGAAAAAUAAACAGCAAUGGUGGGUCAGAGUUUGUAGGGUUGCCGCGUUUUAAAGCCCGAGAGGCAGUUACUGAAGCAUUACAAAAGAAGGGCUUUUAUAGAGGUGCUAAAAAUAAUGAGAUGCGGCUGGGCCUUUGUUCAAGAACCAAUGAUGUUGUGGAGCCACUUAUAAAACCUCAAUGGUAUGUUAGUUGCAAUAGUUUGGGGAGGCAAGCUCUUGAUGCUGUAAUGGAUGAAGAAAACAGGAGGAUAGAAAUCAUCCCGAAACAGUAUUCUGCUGACUGGAGAAGGUGGCUUGAAAACAUUCGUGAUUGGUGCAUCUCAAGGCAACUUUGGUGGGGUCAUCGUGUUCCUGCAUGGUAUGUCUCACUGGAGGAUGAUGAGCUAAAGGAAGUUGGUGCUUACAAUGACCACUGGGUGGUUGCAAGAAAUGAGGAAGAGGCUCAGGAGGAGGCUAGCCGAUUGUAUAAUGGGAGGAAGUUUCAUUUAAGUCAAGAUCCUGAUGUGCUUGAUACAUGGUUUUCUUCUGGUCUUUUUCCAUUGUCUGUUUUGGGCUGGCCUGAUGAUACUGAAGAUCUGAAGACAUUUUAUCCAACUUCAGUUUUGGAAACUGGCCAUGAUAUUCUCUUUUUCUGGGUUGCUCGCAUGGUGAUGCAAGGAAUGAAAUUGGGAGGUGAUGUACCUUUUCGAAAGGUUUAUUUGCACCCAAUGAUUCGUGAUGCGCAUGGGCGCAAGAUGUCUAAGUCAUUGGGAAAUGUCAUUGAUCCACUUGAAGUAAUAAAUGGGAUAUCCCUGGAUGGUCUUCAUAAGAGGCUAGAGGAGGGUAACUUGGAUCCUAAAGAACUGGUUGUUGCCAAAGAGGGGCAGACAAAAGAUUUUCCUAACGGUAUUUCUGAGUGUGGUGCUGAUGCUCUUCGGUUUGCCCUUAUAGCUUACACUGCCCAGUCAGAUAGAAUAAACUUGGAUAUCCUAAGAGUGGUUGGGUAUCGUCAGUGGUGUAAUAAAUUGUGGAAUGCUGUACGAUUUGCCAUGAGCAGGCUGGGAGAUGAUUAUGUUCCACCCACAAAUGUAAAUCCAGAUGUCUUGCCAUUUAGCUGUCAGUGGAUACUCUCUGUAUUAAACAAAGCUAUAUCCAAAACUAUAGCUUCUCUGGAAUCGUAUGAGUUCUCAGAUGCAUCAAGUACAGUGUAUUCAUGGUGGCAGUACCAACUGUGUGAUGUUUUUAUUGAAGCAAUUAAGCCUUUCUUUGCUGGGAAUGAUCCAAAAUUCAAGUCUGCAAGGAGUUUGGCUCGAGAUACACUUUGGUUAUGUCUUGACAAUGGGUUGCGACUGCUUCAUCCUUUUAUGCCGUUUGUUACAGAAGAAUUGUGGCAGCGCCUUCCCUCAUCAAAGGACGGUACAAGGAUAGAAUCUAUUAUGAUAUGCGAGUACCCAUCGGUUGUUGAGUGCUGGACAAAUGAAAGGGUGGAGUAUGAGAUGGAUCUUAUAGAUUCUGUUGUGAAAUCUCUCAGGUCUCUUGCAAAUGAAAGACGUGAAAGGCGACCAGCUUUUGUGCUCUGCCGAAGUGAUGCAGUUGUGGAGAUUAUUAGCAACCAUCAACUGGAGAUUAGUACUCUUGCCAAUUUAUCGUCUUUGAAGGUAGUAAGUGAGAAUGAUGCUGCUCCAGUUGGAUGUGCAGUAUCGGUUGUAAAUGAAAACCUCUCUGUUUAUCUUGAGCUUCAGGGAACUCUUUCCCCUGAAGCAGAACUUGAAAAGAUCAGGAAAAAGACGGAUGAGAUUCGAAAGCAACAGGAGAAGCUAACAAAGAUGAUGAAUGCUUCUGGAUACAAAGAAAAGGUCCCUUCGCACAUUCAUCAAGAGAAUGUUGCAAAGCUAGCGUCCCUGAUGCAGGAGGUUUUGUCUCUCGAAGAAGCAGGCCAACAUAUUGAAGCUCAAGCAUCAAGCAAUCAACAGGAUUAGCUGUAUUAUUUUUUGUUGGCAAUCAACAGGAUUAUCUUUUCCAACCUCAUCAUGGUAAACCAUUUUUGCUUCAAUGAAGGAAACGAGGAGGGCCAUAUUUAUCACAUCUGCAUCAUGUCAUUGUUUUGUUGAAUAAAUUUUAUAUUGGCCGCUUUAUUAAGUCGCAGAUAAUAGUUUUAAUCU